ACCUGCGAUAACCCACUGCGCUACCGCCCGAUUCCCUAGUCUACAUUUUUAUUCAGAUAGAGAGGAGAAAUGCCACAGCUCUGUGGAUGGGCAGCCCCUAUGGGGUACCAGGGUUGGAACCUGGACUUUGCACGACCUGGCUUGGGAGCUACCUCUCUAACCCUGGAUCCUCCGUCUCUGAGCAUUCGUGUGACUCUGGGUAAGCUGCGCCAUCUCUCUGGGCUUCUGCUUUCCUUGGCAGAAGGAGAGGUCUGCCUGCAGGCUCCCUCGGCAGCUCAAGCCAGGCAGAGCACCACCUCUGGGGUAGGACAGGAAAUGGUUCAAGCAAGGUCUGCUGAUCUGGGAUUUGGGUCAGGACCAGCCUGGACAUGUGAUCUGGCACCUGCUCUUCUGAUGUGCCCCUCUGGGGUCAGAAUAAUACCAGGAAGGGAGUAUUUGCUGGAGUCUGGGCCGAGGGCACUGGAGGGAGCAGGGGCCGCAACGAGGGGCCACCUGAGCCUUCUGACUUGAACAACAAGUCCUUAGAGCACUCAGCACUGUUUGUUCCAACACAGGGUGCUGGCUGGGGAGCAUUCCUGCCCUGCCUCCUUCCUGGCUCCUCCUCCUCAUUUCCUGUCGCUAAGUCUCCAGGCUUCAUGUCUGACACAGGGCUGGGCCCCAUGACCCGGGCAGGGAUACCCUGGGGACACCUGGAGGCUUCCGCCCAGUGCUGGGCCAGGCGCCCACACACGCCAACACUCAGCCUCUGUCUGGCACGGGGAGUGUUGGGACCAGGGACUUGGGCGCUGGUCUCAAGCCUACUUGUUUCCCAGCUUCCCCUGUUGGUCCUUUUCCAGGGAGUGUAGAUGGGAAGGGGAAAAGAGACUGUGGAUGAGAGUGUAGAGGGAAGAGGAAGGGGGCUAGGUGUCUCAGCAGGUGUGGUGGGUGGAGUGAGACCAAGAAUGUGUGAGCUGUCUGUCCUGAGUACCUGUGACUGACUAACCCACAGACACUUCAGCUCAAGAUGUUUGUUUCCCUGGGAGUGACUGAAGAAAGAAAAUAACCUGCUCUGCCUAAUUCACACCAGGUCCUAUUUUCUGUAGGCUCAGAGGGAAUCACAGAGGUGGACAUGCUUACGCCCCUCACUGACAGCGUGGAGUCCCUGGAUUUCAGUGGAAGCCUGGAGCAGGCCUCCACAGAGCGCGUGCUCAGGGCAGGGAAGCAGCUCCAUCGACAUCUCCUGGCCACCUGCCCGAACCUCAUUCGGGACCGAAAGCACCAUCUCCGGCCCUAUCGGCAGUGCUGCUCUGGCCGGGAACUGGUGGAUGCAGUCUUGGCCCUGGGGCUCGGGGUUCAUUCCCGGAGUCAGGCCGUGGGCAUCUGCCAAGUGCUUCUGGAUGAUGGUGCCCUCUGCCAUGUGAAACAUGACUGGACCUUCCAGGACCGAGAGACCCAAUUCUACCGCUUCCCUGGGCCGGAGCCAGAGCCUGUGGGCAUUCACGAGCUGGAGGAAGAGCUGGUGGAGGCCCUGGCACUGCUGUCCCAGAGGGGCCCAGACGCCCUGCUCACCGUGGCACUUCGAAAGCCUCCGGGUCAGCGCACGGAUGAGGAGCUGGACCUCAUCUUUGAGGAACUGCUGCACAUCAAGGCUGUGGCCCACCUCUCCAACUCGGUGAAGAGGGAAUUAGCAGCCGUUUUGCUCUUUGAGCCCCACAGCAAGGCCGGAACAGUGUUGUUCAGCCAGGGGGACAAGGGCACCUCGUGGUACAUCAUUUGGAAGGGCUCUGUCAACGUGGUGACCCAUGGCAAGGGCCUCGUGACUACUCUGCAUGAGGGAGAUGAUUUUGGGCAGCUGGCUCUGGUCAAUGACGCCCCUCGAGCAGCCACCAUCAUCCUGCGAGAAGACAACUGUCAUUUUCUCCGAGUGGACAAGCAGGACUUCAAUAGGAUCAUCAAGGAUGUGGAAGCAAAGACCAUGAGGCUUGAAGAGCACGGCAAGGUGGUUUUGGUGCUGGAGAGGACGUGCCAGGGCAGCAGCACCUCUCAGCCCCCGGCUCCAGGCAGGAACCGGUACACGGUGAUGUCUGGCACCCCAGAGAAGAUUCUAGAACUGCUGUUGGAGGCCAUGAGGCCUGAUUCCAGCGCUCAUGACCCAACAGAGACAUUCCUCAGUGACUUCCUGCUGACCCACAGCGUCUUCAUGCCCAGCACCCAGCUCUGCACUGCCCUCCUGCACCAUUUCCACGCGGAGCCUGCGGGCGGCAGCGAGCAGGAGCGCAGCACCUACAUCUGCAACAAGAGGCAGCAGAUCCUGCGGCUGGUCAGCCAGUGGGUAGCGCUGUACGGCCCCAUGCUCCGCACUGACACAGUGGCCACCAGCUUCCUGCAGAAACUCUCAGAUCUGGUGAGCAGGGACGCCCGGCUCAGCAACCUGCUGCGGGAGCAGUGGCCCGAGAGGCGGCGCCACCACAGGUUGGAAAACGGCUGUGGGAAUGCAUCUCCUCAGAUGAAGGCCCGGAACCUGCCCGUGUGGCUCCCCAGCCAGGACGAGCCCUCCCCCAGCAGCAACUGUGUCAUCCAAGUUGGGGACAAAGUCCCCUACGACAUCUGCCGGCCGGACCACACAGUGCUGACCCUGCAGCUGCCCGUCACAGCCUCGGUGAGAGAGGUGCUGGCCGCACUGGCACAGGAGGACGGCUGGACCAAGGGGCAGGUGCUGGUGAAGGUCAACUCUGCAGGCGAUGCCGUGGGCCUGCAGCCGGAUGCCCGUGGUGUGGCCACAUCCCUAGGACUCAAUGAGCGACUCUUUGUUGUCAACCCACAGGAAAUGAAUGAACUGACCCCACACCCCGAGCAGCUGGGGCCCACCGUGGGUGCUGCCGAGGGCCUGGACCUGGUGAGCGCCAAGGACCUGGCAGGCCAGUUGACAGACCAUGACUGGGGCCUCUUCAACAGCAUCCACCAGGUGGAGCUGAUCCACUAUGUGCUGGGCCCCCAGCAUCUGCGGGACGUCACCACAGCCAACCUGGAGCGCUUCAUGCGUCGCUUCAACGAGCUGCAGUACUGGGUGGCCACGGAGUUGUGUCUCUGCCCCCUGCCCGGCUCCAGGGCCCAGCUGCUCAGGAAGUUCAUCAAGCUGGCGGCCCACCUCAAGGAACAGAAGAAUCUCAACUCCUUCUUUGCCAUCAUGUUUGGGCUCAGCAACUCAGCUAUCAGCCGCUUGGCCCAUACCUGGGAGAGGCUGCCUCACAAAGUGCGGAAAUUGUACUCGGCCCUCGAGAGGCUGCUGGACCCCUCGUGGAAUCACCGAGUCUAUCGACUGGCCCUUUCCAAGCUGUCUCCUCCCAUCAUUCCCUUCAUGCCCCUUCUUCUCAAAGACAUGACCUUUAUCCAUGAGGGGAACCAUACACUGGUGGAAAACCUCAUCAACUUUGAAAAGAUGAGAAUGAUGGCCAGGGCUGUUCGGAUGCUGCACCACUGCCGGAGUCACAGCAGUGUGCCCCUCUCGCCGCUCAGAAGCAGAGUCUCCCACCUGCACGAGGACAGCCAGGCGGCAAGGAUUUCCACAUGCUCGGAGCAGUCCCUAGGCACCCGGAGUCCGGCCAGCACCUGGGCCUAUGUCCAGCAGCUGAAGGUCAUCGACAACCAGCGGGAGCUGUCCCGCCUCUCCCGGGAGCUGGAGCCGUGAGGAGGGCUGGGGCUGGAGCAGGCACUUCCCUCUGGGGACGCCCCGGCACGCCUGGGCCAAGGGGCCCGCAGGCCGGCCGCAGCUGGACAGGGCUCUCCGCAGAGUGGACUCGAGGCCCUGGAGCGGGCAGAGUGGAGGCAGCUGUCUCCUGUGAGGAUGACUGAUGGCCGUGGAGGACCUCAAAGUGGAAUGAGCCGGGUCCCAGGCCGAGGACUGGGGGACAGGGAGACCCCGGAGUGGGUGGGAGAGCGUGGCAGGCGACGGGACUCUGUGUUCAAUAGAGAGCUCUCCACACCAGGUUUUUUCCAGA